AUGAGUUCCAGGAGGCUGAUGACCCGCUCCUACUCUGCGGGGGACGGGAGGUCCAGCUCCCACAAUGGAGAUGAUGUCAUAGGGAGUAGCAGAGCCAGCAGCCGCAGCUACCUCUCUGAUGUCAGGCCUGAAAACAGCUACUCCAGUCACAGCUAUUCUCAGUACAGGCCAUCAAGGAGCACACUACAUUGUGUUAUGGCACAAUUAACGGAGGCGACCCAGCCAACCUUUGAGACGACAUUAAAGUCAAGAGCCGUAUCUGAAACCUGUAGCAUCAAGUUCACCUGUGAGGUGUCAGGUCACCCUGCUCCUGAAGUAACAUGGUAUAAAGAUGAUUUGCAAUUGGACAGAUACUGUGGACUACCUAAAUACAACAUUUCCCGCAAUGGACAAAACCAUUCACUGCACAUUUACAAUUGCACCAUGGAGGAUGCAGCCAUCUACCAGGCGUCAGCCAGGAACAACAAAGGCAUUGUGUCCUGCUCUGGAGUCCUUGAGGUGGGGACGAUGAGCGAAUACAAGAUCCACCAGCAGUACUUCGCCAAGAUCAAACUGAAGGCCGAAAACACACGCAGAGAGCUGGAGGAGCCCAAGCCGUGGGACAAGGAGAACCACGCGUCUCCUGGUAGUCGGCAGGAAACACUGAGGACCAUCAGUCCAGACCGGUCCCAGAGGAAGCGACGGUCCCCCAUGGACCCCAGCCUCAGUGCCCCCAGCUUUAUGGAGGAUGAAGUGGUUGAGGAGAGCACUCAGGCUCAUGCUGGGGAGGCAGAGGCCAGGCUACAGGACACACCUGUGGUGGGGGAAGAAAAAUGGGAAUGUAACAGGGCUGGGUCUUCCAAUGUCAAUGGACAGGCAGCCAUUACAGAAAAUAGCAGCAACAAAGGCCGGACGUAUGUUUACGAUUCAGUGCAGAAGUCUUUUGCUCCACACACACCAAAAGCAUCACUGGCCAAGAAGAAGAUAAAGAUCUCCAAUGGAGAGGAUAGUGGGAUGAUGGCUGAUAGCCAAGCAGGGAAGAAGCCUGAGGAGAGAGGGAUGAGUGAAGAAGGAGAGGUCAGUAUGACACCCUGUCUGGUUGAGUCCUCACCCUCACUGGGGUCAUCAGAAGAGGCCCUGGAAGUGGAGAGUGCUGUUGAAACUUCAGCCUCAAAGACAGAGAAUGUAAAAUACAUGAAUCAGUCUGAGAGAGCCCCACUGAACAACACUGUGUCCGUAAUGGAAGAAGUGAAGGUCCAAGUGAAGGAGAAAGUACCUGUACAAACCCCACCACACAAUGGAGAGCCUAGCAUCCUGUCUCCUUCUACUGGGCUCCUCUCUACAAGGGAAACCAUCUCAGGGAAUAAGAGUCAGAAUGCUGCAGUGGCUCAGGUGACCCAAAAUGUUGGAAAUAACAAUAUUAUGGGGAGUCAGAGUACAGUUCCUCCUGUCACCUCAUCACAACCAAGUUAUUCAGCUAAACUAAAACCACAACCAAGUCCUUCAGCUAAAAUACAACCACAACCAAGUCCUUCAGCUGAACUAAAAUCACAACCAAGACCUUCAGCUAAAAUACAACCACAACCAAGUCCUCUUUCAGCGAAAUCACAAUCACAACCACAUCAACCAAGUCCUCCUUCUGUGACGUCACAACCACAACCAAGCCCUUCAGCAAAACCACAGCCACAACCAAAUCUUCCUUCUGCGAAACUACAACCACAACCACGUCAAUCAAGCCUAUCAGUAAAAUCACAACUAGGUCCCUCAGUAACACCACAACCACAACCAGAUCCUCCUUCUGGGACACUACAACCACACCAAUCAAGUCCUUCAGUAAAACUACAACCAGGUCCCUCAGUAACACCACAACCACAACCAGAUCCUCCUUCUGCAAAACUACAACUACAACCACAAAUACGUCAACCAAGUCCUUCAGAGAAACUCCAAGCAAGUCCUUAUGCGAAACCACAACCACAACAGAUUACUCCUGCGAAACUACAACCACAACCACGUCAACCAAGUCCUUCAAUGAAAUUACAACCACAACCACAUCAACCAAGUCCUUCACGGAAUUUACAACCACAACCAAGUUCCUCUGUCACACCACAACCACAAGCAAGUCCUUCAGUAACAACUCCACAGGUGUUGAGCAACACACCAGAGAACAUUGAGGUAGACGAUAAGCGUUCUGUCCUGGAACACCUAAACAGCACCACUACUCCCCUAAAAGGUCAAACUGAAUGCCCGGGGAAGGAUUCAGCAUCAGUGCUUGAGGUGCUAAACUCAGAUACUUAUUCCAUUCAUGGAACUGGAACUGCAGUUGAAGUUGCUGGGGAAUCAGUGGAGUCAGUACUAACAUCACCCUGUAAGAGCAGCGAGGCUGUCUCUGCCUUGCCUCAGCGUCUGUGUGAACAGUCAGGGGAUCAGCUGUCUGUGGAGGAAACAAGCAUGUGCCUAAAGAAUGUGUCUUUGUCUCGGUUGCCUGCGCAGCUGGGUGGGGAGGUUACACAGAACCACAGACAGACAGAGAGAGAGUGGAAGGGAACACCUGUCGGGCAAGAACCUGUAAUACUACCCAUCCGGAGAAAGCUGGACGGACAAUCACCUUCGCCACGACAACGUUCUCCAUCGUCAUCGGACAUAGAAGUCACAGCAAAUUCCAACAAACGAUCUCCUACUUUGCACAAUCCUCCGAGCCAAUCGGCCUCUGACAAAAUGAUGCAGGGCACACAGGAUCCUUCCAGGGGAUCAAAUGAGAGUCAUACAUUACCUUUUACAGAGCCACUAAAGUCACCCCUGGAAAGCCCGGGUGUUGGUGAGAAAACCUUGGGGUGUAGUGUUUCCUCAGUAGGCCAGCAAGGCCAAGUUGAGAUAGCUAUAAAAACCGUUGGUGAGACAGAAAUACAAGUUGACGUUAAAGUACAGGGUAAUAAUUUGGCUGAGAUAUAUGCACAGGAAGGCAGUUAUGAGAGAAGAGUUGACAUGGAAACUGUUUAUAAAGUUAGCAAAGUUCAGGAAGGUGAAAUUGAAAGACUUACGAAAGCACCUGAAAAGAAAACCGUUGAAAGUAUAGCAGUGGCUGUAUGGGAUGAGAAGAGUAUACCUGUGUUGAAGAUAGCAGAAUGCCAAGAUCUUUCUCUAAAUCCCCACUUUCAGCCUAUUAUUCCAGACACAUCACAGAUGGCUGACACAACAACAAGUGUCCCAAACACAAACAUCUCAGAGCAACAACCAAAAGCCCCAACACCUGUAGCUAAAGUAAUGUCUAUUGCUGAGAUUCUAAGGUCACAAAUGGAGAAAAGUGCCCCAACAGAAGUAAGUCCAGUGUCACCCAUUUCAGAUGCACCCAUUUCAGUGGCACUUAUUUCAGUAGCUACCAUUUCAAUGCCCCUUAUACAAAGUCUAAACACAGACCAACAACCUAAAUGUCCCCCAUCAACUGACAUACAGGAUUUGAGAAUGCAAAGUCCAGAGUUGAGGAUGGAUGAGACAGAGUACAGGCAGGAACCUGAGAAAGACACUUGUAAGAAGGAAACUGAUCUGUCUGUCAGUUCUAUUUCAGCUUCAAAUGUAGAAUAUAGAUUUAAUACCUCUGAACCAGAACGAGUUGAGUCCCCCAUAGUUAGUCCUGUGACUGAAGCCUCACCUAAAGCUUUCGUUAUUCCUCCUAUCUCUAUUGUAGACAUGGAUGGCACUUUAGAGAACAGUAAUCCUCCUGUAUGUAUAGUUAUGGACAUUGAAAGUGUCAUGGAUACAGAGCGGGAGCAUCUUUUGGAUCAUAAUGCUGAUAUUAGUCUGGCUGUGAAUAAGGAUGGUCAAAAAGAGUCUUCUCUUGUUACUCCUGAGCAGAAGUCCUUGGACACUACAGUUCCUCCUCCAUCCAUCUCAUCUGUUACCUUUCCUGCAGAGAAACAACAAACACUAGAAAAUACAGUCAAAGGGAUGGAUUCUUCACACUCACUGCCUCCAGUGUUCAGCAGUCGACAUGGCAGAGACAAAACGUGUGCUUCUCCCCUUUCAGAGCGUUCAACAGAAUCUAGCUCACUUCCUAGUGCCACUGAGAACCAACGUUUAUCUACAAAAAAUACAGGAUUUACAAACAACAUUGCAACCCCAACAUUGCAACCUGUCAGUGAAAAACAGAGCGACUCUUCACCAGAUACUGGUAUGAUUUUAGUUCGGAGUGAAGCAUGCAAAUCUGAUGUUCCUCAGCCUGGUCCUCAGACUGUACGAAGGUUUGAUACCAAUGGUUCCCCAAGUAGUGAGACACAAGGGUCAGUACCUGUUCCCACCAUUCCGUUGGAGAGCAAAAGCUCUCCAUCCAAGGAGGUGAAAGUUGAGGAAUAUUCAAAGCCAGACUCUUCAACAUCUGUCUCAGUCACUGAAAGCAGUACUGGCCUGCUGAAGGGAUCAGACAGUGUGUCCCCCAUGCCCUCAGCCACACCAAAGGAGCUGGCCUCCGGCGCUAGACGCAAAAUCUUAAUCCCGAAACCCAAAGGAGAGGACCCUGGAGCUGUUGCUUCGCAGAUUGACACCCAGAGCCCCCAGAGAGAGGAGGUCCUCAGGAUGAGCUCCAGGCUAUGCCCAGAGUCCUCCUCUCCCAUGUCCCCUGGGCUGUCCCGCAGGUCACCCCUGCUGCAGCCCCCCAAUGGCCAGCGCACCCCUCCAACAGAGAGACGCUCCCCACUGCUCAGUAGGAGGAAGCUGGCUCCAACACCAGAGACCCUCAAACAGAGCCAGGAACCUGCCCUGGAGACAACCGACACUACCAAGACUGAGGAGAAACCAGCUGAGAAGGACAAGCAUAACCCAUUCAAAGCUCCUCAGGUCAUCAGGAAGAUUAGAGGAGAGCCCUUCUCAGAUGCGGCAGGACAUCUGAAGCUGUGGUGCCAGUUCUUCAACGUUCUCAGUGACUCCACAAUUAAGUGGAUCAGGGAUGAAGGGGAGAUCGCUGAGGUUAAAAGAAGUGCAGGAGAUGAGACUCAGGUAGCGUUGGCUAUUGUCCAGACGUCCAGCAGAGACUGUGGAGUUUAUGGCUGCACCAUCACUAAUGAAUACGGGACAGACACAACAGACUUCCUACUGAGUGUUGACAUACUCUCUGGCAUGUUUCUGCGUGAGGAUCAAGAAGUGGGAGAGGAGAUAGAGAUGAGUCCACUACUGUUCACCAAGGGCCUGGCUGACUCUGGCGUCUGGGGAAGUAAAUUCUUUGGGCGUAUCAUGAUGGAGGAGGCCCAUAUAGGAGAGGGCUGCUCCCACAAGGCCUGCAGAGUGAAGGUCAUCUAUGGGCUGGAGCCAGUGUUUGAGUCUGGGACCACAUGUUACAUCAAGGUGAAGAGCCCCAUCGCCUACUACGGAGUCAAGGAGGAGAGCAACCUGAUCGAGAGGAACCUGGCAAUCACUCAACAGGAAUGUAGACUUCAGAACAUCGCUCGUGAAUACUGCAAGAUCUUUGCUGCGGAAUGUAGGGUGAUAGGAACCUUUGGAGAAGCGCUGGAAGUGAUCCCAGUCCACCAUAUGUAUCGGCCUGCCAACACCAUUCCCCAUGCCACGGUGGAGUCUGACCUGAAGGGGGUCUAUCUGAGGUACUGUCUGAUGGACGCUACAGGCCGGCUGGUCAUGAGAACUGGCUCGGAGGCGGCACUGAAGUGUUGUACUCUGCAGCACUGGAUCCUCCAGUGGACCAAUGGAAACCUGCUGCUCACUCGGAUGGAAGGUGUUGACUUCAAGAUCACAAACGUUGGAAUUUCCAUCAAAUCGAAAGGGUACCAAAGUCUCACGAUCACAGAAAACCCCAAUGUGUUUGAGCAGUUUGUCUCUCAGCAUCAGUGUAACUACUACUGCGGCCUCCUCAGCCUGAGGUCCCUGAAGACACAGGACUCCCUGCAGACCCCAGCCAAACCCAAGUGCUCCAGGAGCCCCCUGCUCCACCGCAAGAUGGGCGGCUCCUCCAGUCCCCAGCCCUCCAGGAAGGCCACAGGAAGCCCUCGGCAGAUCAGAAAGCCAGCACAGCCAGAGGACAGCAAAGCCACCGCCAAGCACAAGGCCGUUGAUGUUCCUAAUGUUGUCUGAAGUUAGAAUCGGCCGUAGAAAGCAAGCAACUGCUUUUCUCAAUAAAGAGAAUAAAUGCUGAACCAGAUAUGGAAUUACUGCCAGACUUGUCCUCCCACCUAUAGAGCUUUCGGGGAGCUGGGAGCCGGUCUGGGAUGAAAGGCUGGUGACCCCUCCUACAAGCCGUGACAGACAGACAGACAGACAGACAGACAGACAGACAGACAGACAGACAGACAGACAGACAGACAGACAGACAGACAGACAGACAGACAGACAGACAGACAGACAGACAGACAGAAAGAUGAGAUCAGAAGGAGAAAGAGAAGGCCAGGUGAUGGAAGAACUUGAAUGUUUCCAGAAAUGACAGAGGCUUCAUCCACAUCUCUUAAUGAAUUCUGUGUUAAAAUAAACAAUGAAAUGCCACCUCAGUUUUAAUGGGCAUGUCGCCUCUGUUGCCAGAAUCGGAGACAAUGAAAUAAAUGACACACUAAUAUAUCCUUGAAAUAAUUAAAUUACACAUUAAUUUCACUAAUGAAUACAUUCUUAAUUUAUUG